GAGGAAUGCUGAUCUGCAUGUAAAUAAACAAGUUUUGAUCCACCUUGAGUGAACCUGUUAUACGAUAUUAAGCUUAACAACGAUGUCAGUAAUCAUUAAAAGCGAACCAGAAUGUGAUAGCGAAGAACCCUCCAGCUAUCACACAGCGGAUAUCGCGAGUUCGUUUCAAACAUGUAGACUCUGUUUGAGCGAAGAAUCGGCCGAGAGUGUUCACAACGAAGAGGGCUUGCAGCAAUGGAUUUCGGAUUACCUUUCGAUAGAGAUAUCCUCAGAAGACCAUUUGAGCCAGGCUGUUUGCGCCACCUGCCGAAUACAGUUGAUGGAAUUCCAUCAGUUCCGCGAACGCUGUCAUGAAGUACAAAGCGCAUUGAAAUCCAAAACUCGUACUGGAAAAGAACUGGAGGAUCAGCUGCUGCUAGAAUCGAUUCAAAAUGUGGUGGCCGAUGAAUUGGUGGACAUAGAAGAAAUGAAAAUUGAUGCCAAUAUGGAAUUGACAGCAUUGUCAGACGCCAAAGAGCAUACAAACGAAACGCAAGCUACAGAAGUUCAGAAAGAAGAUGGUACCGAAAAUCACCAGUCACACGAGUGUGAAAUAUGCUACAAAAUAAUGCACUCUAGAAUGCGGUUGAACAGCCAUAUGAAAAAUGUGCAUGGCCCAAAAAGAUUUAAAUGCGUUACCUGUGAAGUUACAUUUCCUCAACCACAUCAUUUGAAGUUGCAUUUUCAAACGAAACGACACGUCAGAAAAAUGCAGGACUCCGAAGUUCAAAAGGAAUCUGUCUCGAACAGUGAGUUCCAGUGUGAUAAAUGCCAAGAAUCGUUUUCAAAAAAAGUACAACUGUAUAACCACUGCUGUACAAUUGAUGAACUAAUAAAACAUCCUUGCCCCAAAUGUCAAAAGUUAUUUGCAUCCAGGUACGACAUGUAUAAGCACAUUGCUGCUGAUCACAUGAGUGGGGAGGAUAGACCAUUUAAAUGCGAUAUUUGUCCAAAGACAUUCAAGGUAAAAAAUCACUGGGCGGAACAUAAGAGACAAGUGCACGGCCCAAAACGGUAUCGUUGCGUUAUUUGUGAAUUCAGCUCCAGUAAAAACUAUAAUGUAACCCGGCAUAUGAAAAAUCACGAUCGCAUCAAACGAAAGAAGGCGGUUGGGACGGAAUAAAGAGAUCAGUAUUCCGCGAAUACAUCAUGUACAGCAAACAUCUGUUUAAUUUUUUAUUACCCACCCUGCAUAUUUGAAUCAAAAUGGAAAAAAAAGAUUGCAAGACAAAAAUAAAACGGUGAUAUGAACCAUUUUACAAAAUG